GUUUUCCGAAAGACCAUGGAACGGACGGAGUCACGGUAGCUUUCAACGAAUCCUUCUCGCCUAAUACGAUCGUGUGUUACGUUGAUGCAAGCUAUAAUCCUAAAAGUGUGAACGGCAUCGAUACAGCUGCAUGUGCGGGGUUUUUCGGCGAAGAACACCCGUUAAACUUUUCAAUUCUUCUGAACGUUGAAACCAAAAAGAAGCUCAGCAACAUGGAUAAGGACGCCCGUGCAACCUAUUUGGAAAUCUUAGCAACAAAGACGGCUCUUGAGAGACUAUUCAAUUGGAAAUACAGACCCGAAGAAGUGAUCAUUAGGUCUGAUAGCCUGAAUAUGAUCCGAGGAUUGAACUUGAAAUUGAAAGGAGCACGUUUUGGGCAAAUUCGCGAAGAAAUUCUCCUACUCAUGGAUGUUGCAUCAAAGUUUCAAAGGCCAAUACUCUUCCAACACGUGUACGGUCACAAUGGCGAUCCGGGCAACGAGACAGCCGAUGCAAUGGCGCGCUUUACAAUGAAACAUGGUGUAGAAUUGGAAGGAACGAUGAUGGAACGCGACGAUGAGCGUACGAAAUAUUGCAAGCACCCAAAAGAGAUCAGCCACGACGAGAGAACUAUCCCAAGCGAUCCAAAGAAGCAAGGAAUUUCACGCUGGGCAAAACGACUAAAAAAAACUAAACCUCUCUACCAAUACAACAGCCCUAACAUUCACACCUUCGACGAUAUCCGUCAAAUUCAACGUCCACUCGAUGAUAUUAGCACUUCUCCAUUGGCAAUGGAUCUCUUGUGGGCUGAUCCAAUGAUUGAUUUGAUCGGAUUCAUGCCGAAUCAAGUGCGAGGAGUGUCCGUGUAUUUUGGCGAAAGCGAAGUGGUGAAAUUGUGCAAAUCUCUCAACAUCGACCUUAUCGUUCGGGCACACCAGAUGAUGCAAAAUGGUUAUGGGUUCUUUUGUGGAAGGAAAUUAAUGACGAUAUUUACUGCGCCUCGAUAUUUCCCGGAGAGGAACAACAAGGCCGCCGUGUUGGUUGUGGAUGAAAAUGGGAAAUGCUCGAUUAAAGUCUUGCUGCCCUGCGAUGAGAUCAACACCGGAGAGAAAGCCUUCCGAAAGGAAUUUGACUUGUCUUACAUGGACAGUUCGAGUUAUCAAUUCUACAAGACCAAUGGAAAGCUUCCAAAGGGACGACGAAAGGGU